AUGAAGGCCGCCUACGCCAUCGCCCUUCUGGGUGCUACUCUAGCUUCUGCCCAGUUCACCAACCAGACCAAACCCUUCUGGCUCAAGUUCACCCCUUGCACCGGUGGCUCCGGCGAGACCUACCUCACCUCGUGCCACUCCGGCGCCGGCCAAGCUGGUCUUUGCCCCGAGACCACGGAGCCCGUCCAGGAAGCCAAUCGCCCCACGACUCACACAAACUACUUCCUCAACGAGACCCAGUCCGACUUCAACGGUCACCUCCUCGGUGCCCUGACCUGGAACCAGCCCAUCGGCAACGGCGACCCUAUCUCCUCCGGUAUGAUGCUCAACCUGCAAAUCGUUAGCAACGGUGCCAUCCCCAUCUUCUCCCCAGGAAACACUGCCCUCUUCACCCUCGGCUUUGACGAGAACGAGAAGCUCUUCAUCUACUCCCGCGCGGACGACUCCAAGGCCGUUGCUGGCUCGCAAGCUCCCUAUGGCGACGAGGCGUACUACCGCUGGCACGUCUGCUACACUUUUGUCGGCAACUACUACUACCGCUCUCUCGUCUGGAUCACCGCCGGCCCGGCUUCCAACCCUACUUGCGAGGCUGUUGAUGUCUAUCGCGAGUGGGCUUAA